GGGCAGUGAGGUCCCCAGUCAAUGCGUACAGGUCCUGUGAACAUCGUUGUCUGAGUUCAGAGCUGGGACUCAGGGCUUUCGGUUCCUUAGUUUCAGAAGUUUUUUUUAAGCGUCUGAGAGCUUUCUUCCAGUAAGACCUUUACUCAGGCACUUACUUAGCCACCUAUUCACCCUUCAGGGGCCCUCCCCGCCGCUAAUUAAGUGACGGAUGAAGUAGCCAAGGCGACCGCCUGAUUGACAGGCAUGAUUACCAACCACCUUCAGGAAGCUCCCGUCUGGGCCCGCCCGGCGCGUGGCUGGUGGCUCUUGAAAGAAGUGAAAGCGCCAAAAGGGACGGUAACCGCCAGCCUAGGUUGUUGGGAGCUGAGGCAUUUUCGGACAGUCGGACGAUGCCGUGACGCAGUGUAGCGACAGCGUUGGCAGUGUGAGAGCACCCCUGUGGAGGGAGCCCUUCGGUCGUGGAGGUGGCACGGCGUGGAAGCAGGUUGCUACUUGAGAGUGCUCUCUUGGAGUCCUUCUAGAGUGGGGGAGGGGUGGACGAGGAGCUGUUCUGUCUGCGCUUGCGCGUUCAUCCCUGCUGACCCGGCCCGCACGCUCGCGCAUGUCCGCUGAUCGCGGAGCCGCGGUGGCCGGCGUCAGUGCGCGUGCGCGUUGACGAAUCUUCUGAGGAGCGGCGCUGGCGGACGUCGAGCGAGCGGUGCGUGACGUCGUGAGGAGCUCUUUAAAGUGCGGGUUGGGUCUGGCGUCGGAGGGGCUGGCCUGGAGUCAAGCUGAUCCUGCGCAGUCGUCCUCCGCGGCAUGAGGUGCUGCUGGUUCUCCUGCUGCCCGGGACGUGGAGAAGGUGGAGGAGGAGGAAGCACCGUAGCCUCCACUGCUGCAUGACCCGCCGCCUCUGAGGCUCGACCCAGCACCUGGUCUUUCGACUUCCCCCGGCGGGUCCUCGUAUGGGGGCCUGACGCUGAGGACCCCCUUCCCCUCGGGGGCCCCGGGGCGCAUCCCCCGAGAGCCAUGCCCGGCCGCCCAGCCCGCCCCGAAGGACCCUGAGCAGCGUUGCGGGGCUAUGGCGGCCGCCAGCGGUUACACGGACCUGCGUGAAAAGCUCAAGUCCAUGACGUCCCGGGACAACUAUAAGACGGGCAGUCGGGAGGCAGCGGCGGCAGCCGCGGCUGCUGUGGCAGCCGCCGCCGCGGCCGCGGCCGCCGCCGAGCCUUACCCGGUGUCUGGGGCCAAGCGCAAGUACCAGGAAGACUCGGACCCCGAGCGCAGCGACUACGAGGAGCAGCAGCUGCAGAAGGAGGAGGAGGCGCGCAAGGUGAAGAGCGGCAUCCGGCAGAUGCGCCUCUUCAGCCAGGACGAGUGCGCCAAGAUCGAGGCCCGCAUCGACGAGGUGGUGUCCCGCGCCGAGAAGGGCCUGUACAAUGAGCACACGGUGGACCGGGCUCCACUGCGCAACAAGUACUUCUUCGGCGAGGGUUACACGUAUGGCGCCCAGCUGCAGAAGCGCGGGCCCGGCCAGGAGCGCCUCUACCCGCCAGGCGACGUGGAUGAGAUCCCCGAGUGGGUGCACCAGCUGGUGAUCCAGAAGCUGGUGGAGCACCGCGUCAUCCCCGAGGGUUUCGUCAACAGUGCCGUCAUCAACGACUACCAGCCCGGUGGCUGCAUCGUGUCCCACGUGGACCCCAUCCAUAUCUUCGAGCGCCCCAUCGUGUCUGUGUCCUUCUUUAGCGACUCCGCGCUGUGCUUCGGCUGCAAGUUCCAGUUCAAGCCUAUUCGGGUGUCGGAACCUGUGCUUUCCCUGCCAGUGCGCAGGGGGAGCGUGACUGUGCUCAGUGGAUAUGCUGCUGAUGAAAUCACUCACUGCAUACGGCCUCAGGACAUCAAGGAGCGCAGAGCAGUCAUCAUCCUCAGGAAGACUAGAUUAGAUGCGCCCCGGCUGGAGACAAAGUCCCUCAGCAGCUCCGUGUUACCACCCAGCUAUGCUUCAGAUCGCCUAUCAGGAAACAACAGGGACCCUGCUCUGAAACCCAAGCGGUCCCACCGCAAGGCAGACCCUGAUGCUGCUCACAGGCCUAGAAUCCUGGAGAUGGACAAGGAGGAGAACCGGCGCUCAGUGCUACUGCCUGCGCACCGGCGGAGGGGGAGCCUCAGCUCUGAGAACUACUGGCGCAAGUCCUACGAGUCUGGGGAGGACUGCUCAGAGGCCGCUGGCAGCCCCACCCGGAAAGUGAAGAUGCGGAGGCACUGAGGCCUGUUGCACCCUCUCUGGAACUCUGGUUAAUCCUCACGUAGUCACCCUGUUUUUUUUGUUUUUGGGGGAGGGUUUUUGACCCUUUUUUCCCCCAUGGUUUGUUGCCUGUUAAGGCUGAAGAACAGAAUUAGUUCUUGUUUUUCUUUUAGGAUGGAAAAGCUGACAGAAACUCAUGCUGGAGUAGCCAGUAGAGGCAUGCAGGGCAACCAUCUUCAAGUGGGGCUGUGUCAGGCCAGUUUUAUUAAAAAAACAAAAACAAAAAACUCCACCACACAAAAUGUUUGAUUCAGAAAGUUACUGUUUUGCUUUUUAUGUAAAUCCUUCUCAGUGUUAUAAAUGAAGUUCAGUCCCCAUGUCAAAGCUGGGUAGAGAUCUCCUGGGCCUCACUGGCUCCACAGAGGUCCUGCUGUCCUUCCACCUGUCACCUGCUCUCCAGGCUCUAGAAAGUCAUGUAGACACCCUUUUCCUUCUGUGGCUGAGUCAUUCAGGGUGACUAGGCAAGGGCCUAAACAGUGCCAGCCUCUGCACCCCACAGCUGCAGGUUGAGCCCCAGAGUGCUCCACACCCACCGGCCUGCUCUGCCCACAGGUUCCUGGCUGUAGUGGUCCUGGCCUCUCGCUAAGAGCACACCUCUUUGCUGGAUUGCUCCUUUCAGGCGUGCGUGUGUGUGUGGUUGUAUAAACAGUUAGACUUGCCAUGUUGGAACAGUUUUAGGAAUUGUUUCUAGCUAGAGGGACUGGUGUCCUUCCAAGUCUAGCAUUUGGAGUAUGGAAAACUGUUGUGGUGUGUAAUAGGGAUUUGUUUUCAGUUUACUUUUUUCUUUGGUCUCUUGUCUUUUUCUUUCCCUUUCCUCUCUUCUGCAUUGGCCAGUGUGGGCCUUCUACCCACACCAUCCCUGUAGGAAGGUGCCCACCCCUGUCCACCUGCAGCCGCAGCCACAGCCAGAGCUCAGGUCUGCACACUGGGUUGGUGUCUCUUCUGCCAUGGGGCAUGGGAGCUGGGAGAGGGCUUUUAAAAAAUAGUAAUAAAAGGAAAAAGUCUUCUUUGGCAGUUUCUGCCUGCUUAGAUUCUCGAGGACUAUGAGGUUUUACUGGUCUGGGUUUGUUAGAAACGUCUCCUUGCCAGCUAGGGCCAUGACCAGGCCUGCUAAGAGCAGAGGCCCUCGCAGUCCUCAGGGUAUCUCCACUGUAGGAGGACCUUGUUUCACAGAGGCCCGGGUCUGAGGCUGCAGGAAUUUAGGGCAGCCAGCAUCAAGAAUCCCUUCUCAGGGGCCAGAACUCCUUUACCAGCGUGACUCCUCAAGUUGGAACUACAUAACUAAAGCAGUUGCAGGGUUUUGUUUGUUUUUUGUUCUGUUUUUUUACAGCUUUUCCCCCCAAAAAUGAUUUGUAGUUGUGUGUGCAGCACUUUGCCCUCAUACAUGUGCUCUACAAUAAAAACCAAAUCUAAUAUAUUUUGAAAUAGUUGUCUGAUGCUGUCAUAAGAGAGGGCUUGCCUUUGGUGCUUCCUUAAUCUCUAUUUUCUUUUUAAACUUCAAACGGGUUGGUGGUGGACAGAACUCAUUGCCCACCAGGGUGGACUCACCUUCUGCUUUCUCUCCCACUCCCAGGAGGGUGGGUUUCAUAAAUGGUAUGUCCGGGUGCCCUGGAGUCAGGAUGGUCCCCUGCUGAGCUCGGGAAGCCCUUCCUCCUAGGGGUGAUCAUAGAGGCUAUGUGCUAGUGAAGGACAGACAGCAUGAGCAAAGGCAGCGGGGAGAGCCUGCUCUUUGUAGAAGAUAGGCAAGUGGUUUUGCUCAUUAAACACAUUCUUGAGCUCUUAUGUUCCGGCCAAGCCCACACAGUGGCCCCAGUAGUGAGCAAAACUUUUCUGGUCCUUGCUUUCAAAAUGCAUACAGUAGAGUUGUGGCAUAUGGAUAUAGGCACAAGACAGGCGUUCGGGGAGUGGGAGUGGAGCUCAGAGGGUUUUAGAACCUCCAGGUCCCACCCCUGGCUCUUAUGUUCUGGUAAAGGGCUUUGGUGUAGGGGCUCCCUCAUAUGCUUCCAGUGCCCCGAGCCAGUCUGCUAAGCCACAUUCUUGCUGUGGAAACAUGGCAAGCCACUUAACUGCCCGUUAAGUGAGGAGAGUCCAGAUGGAACAAGUUUCCAGUCAGGGUUCAGUCCUGCAAACUGCUGACAGAUCUGGCCAGUUGGGCCUGCAGGGGUGGCCAAUGGGCUCUGGAUGCCCCAGAGAGGAGACAUUGGAGCUGAGUGGAAAAGUGACUUGCCAAAGAUCAUGCUGACUGUACAUGGUAGAGGUGGGCACCUCCACUCUAUGCCUGGGCCCCUGACUGGGAACAUGGAAUUGGGAGGCUCACAUGGAGAGCUGGGGAGCUGAGAGGGCCUCUCUUCUGUAGCUGUGACAAAGCCAGACUGGGAUUCUUCCUAGUUCUUAGAUGAAAGAGGCCCUUUGCCCAGGAGGAUUGAGAAACAGGAAAGGCUAAGGAAAGGGGGUCUAGCCCUAGCAGAGCCUGCUGUGUCCUUGGCUUCAGUGUCCGUACCUGUACAGUGGCUCCUUGGCGUCCUCUCUCUAGGCCUGUGACAAUCCUUUGAGCAGUCCCCAAGCCUGCAAAGGCCUUAAGGAAAUGGGAGAUCCCAUCCUGGGGCACCAGCUGUUUGUGCCAGCCUUGCACACAGUAGGUGCUCUGACCACAUCUGGCACCAGUACUGCCCACCUGAAGAGCCCAUCCCAUUUCUUCAACGCUGUUAUGUGGUGGGGGAAACUGAGGUCCAAAGUCAUGUUCAUUCAUUCAUUCAUUCAGAAAAUAUCUGUGUAUCCUGUUGUGUGCCAAGCUCUGUGCUGGGUGCUGAGGAUACAAGACAGACCUGGCAUAUGUCAUAUACACACAUUACUAUAAAUUGUACUAAUAUAAAAGAUGUGUAGUAUAUAAAUUACAAAUAAAAUAUACAAUACUCUUUAUUAUAAA